CUUAAGUUAAGAGCCACUUGAAUUAAUAAUGAUUUUAUCUUAAUCAAUCCCUCUCUUCACACGUAAUGACAUUCCUAAUUUCCGGAUCGAACGUGUAGAAGGAUGUAAUAAAUGGCUAAAGAAAAGUCUAAAGUAAAAAAUAUCGAACUCGAUUUCAAGAAAAGAUGUAUUGAACUUUAUGCUGAAGCAGAAAGAUCAGGAUUUGAUGCAAAAGAUUUCAUUUUUCAGAAAAACGGAACUUUUUCAAGUUCAAAUGGUACGAUUAGAAAGAAUUAUUCCAAAAAAUGUUUAGUCAUUUUGUCUUUUUUCAUCAUUUGCGUUGUUUUUAUCGUUUAUUUGUUACUUUCCGAGGAAGAACUAGUCUCUGAUCUCCUUUUUGGCUACAAGAAUGACCAAUGCUUAAUUCCUGUUUUUACUUCGCUACUUUUGCCACCUGUCGAUUGUUCUUUGUGUAGAAAUGUCAAAUCAGUACAAAAAUUGAGUGGGAUUUCACGAGAAGACUUUGAAAAGGUUUAUGCUUACACUGGAAGGCCAGUAAUAGUUACAGACGCCACUCUUAAUUGGACGGCCACAAAGACUUUCAGUUAUGAUUAUUUUUCAGAUCUUUAUUUGAAAUCAACAUCGACCAACCAGUCAAUUAAAUGUCAGUUCUUUCCUUAUGGCACUAACUUCGACAACUUGACUGAUUUUUUGAGUCGGGGUUUAGGAAAUAAUGAUAAUAAAGUUCCUUGGUAUGUUGGCUGGGGGAACUGCGACUCAGAUGUUUCUGAUGAGUUGAGGCAGCAUUACUCUAAGCCUUACUUUCUACCCGAAUACUCAGAAUCUUCAAGACUCGAUUGGAUUUUCAUCGGCCAGCCAGGAUUCGGUGCACCAAUGCACCUCGACAACGUGGGCAAUCCUUCGUGGCAGGCCCAAAUCAGGGGAUCUAAGUUGUGGACAUUGGAACCGCCCUACGAAUGCUACCUCGAAUGUGAUUGGUCAGUUCAAGUCGUGGUGAAUCCAGGAGAAAUUAUUGUCCUUGACACAAACGUUUGGUAUCAUGGAACGAAAAUUGUUGGGGACGAUAUUAGCAUCACCAUUGGAUCAGAAUAUGACUGAGAGAGAGAGAGAGAGAGAGAGAGAGAGAGAGAGAGAGAGAGAGAGAGAGAGAGAGAGAGAGAGAUUCAUAUACUUUAUAAUUUAUUUUACUCUUCUUACCCAAAUUUGCGCUACAAAAAUUUAUUUACAUUCUUGGAGCUACAUGAAUUUGAUUUGAACCACUACCGCCAUUAAAAUGAUCGCUAUUUUCCCGCUAAAAAUUUACAAUUUACAUCUAAACAGGUUAUUUUCUAAAAAUCUGAUUUUAUUUAAAGCUUAUUAAGUUCUUAUCAUAUUUAACCUUGUACACACACACGCACGCACGCACACAUACAUACACAUGCACACACACACACGCGUGAAUAUAUAUAUUGUGGAUUUUGUGGCAAAUCAAAGGCCUUAUUGUUUGAUCAGCAGACAGAAAGCAACGAAUGAUUGACUGAUGAUAAUUAUGUAUUUAUUCAUAAAUUUUUAAAUAAAUAUAUAAAUAAAUAUUAUAUCGUGCGUUGGUUAUGUUAUUUAACAAUAAUAAUAAUAAUAUAAUAAU